AUGAUCGCGGCGGGCGAGGUCAUAGAACGUCCUGCGUCGGUUGUGAAGGAACUCGUUGAGAACGCUCUGGACGCAGGGGCCACCGAAAUCUCGGUCGAGAUUCGCGGCGGCGGUGUGGAGCAGAUUCGCGUCGCCGACAACGGAUACGGUAUCCCCCACGACGAGGUUGAGUUGGCGUUUCAGCGCUUCGCCACCAGCAAACUCAGCGACGCCUCUGACUUGGACGCCAUCCCAACUCUCGGCUUCAGGGGCGAGGCGCUUCCGAGCAUCGCCUCUGUCGCGCGCCUGUCGGUGGUCACGAGGCACGCCGAUGACGACUCAGGGACGCGGCUGGAAAUUACGGAGGGGCGCAUUGUUGACAGGCAGCGGCAGGGCGCGUCCCCAGGCACCGCAAUGACGGUGCGCCAACUCUUCCGCAAUGUGCCCGCCCGCCGCAAGUUCCUGCGGACCACCGCUACUGAGACAUCCCACAUACAGAACAUGGUCACGCGCUAUGCGCUCGCCUACCCGGAGGUGCGGUUCGCCCUGGACACGGGUAAUUCGUCGCUUCUCACGCCCGGCUCCGGCAGCCUGCGCGAGGCGAUCGCCGCCAUACACGGCCUUAAUGUCGCGGAGAAUAUGUUGGACAUCUCUGUUGUUGAUGAACGCUCAGGGCAAAGCACCGUCGGCGGCGUGAUAAGCCAGCCCGCGCUCAGCAGGGCGAACCGCGGUUACAUGAGCUUCUUCGUCAACCGUCGCUGGGUGCAAAGCCGCAUGCUCGGCUAUGCUCUGGAACAGGCUUAUCACGGUUUCCUGAAGGAGCGGCGCUACCCUCUGGCUGUGGUCAACAUAACCAUCGAUUACGAUCAGGUGGAUGUGAAUGUACACCCAUCCAAGACAGAGGUGCGCUUUCGCAGCGGUGACCGUGUAUUCUCCGCCAUCCAGCAGGCUGUGCGACAAACGCUCACCGCUCACUCGCCGGUGCCGGAGAUACGCCGCGCCGGGGCUACCCAUCCCGCAUAUUCGCCUGCAUCCCGCCAACCUAGCCGCUACUUCUGGCCGAUAGAGCCAUUCCAGCCCUCGCCGGCCCCAAAUGCUGAACGCACCGGCGAGCUUAUUCCGAAUGAGCAGGACGCGGCGUCACCUACGUCGAACGGCGAUGGCGGCUUCACGCACAAGGAGACACUACCCGUACUGCGCGUGCUCGGGCAGGUGCAGAGCACAUAUAUCGCCGCUGAAGGCCCGGACGGCAUGUAUCUCAUUGACCAGCACGCGGCGCACGAGCGCGUGCUGUUCGAGCAAAUCAAGGCUGACGCCGCCACCAGCGCGCCGCAGUCACAAAGCCUGUUGGAGCCUCUUACUAUUGAGCUUAACCCUCGGCAACAGGAACUGGCACACGCACACCAGCAUCUGUUCAGCAGUCUCGGGCUGCUGAUAGAGCCUUUCGGCGGGGAUGUCUAUAUAUUGCGCGGCGUGCCCAGCAUCCUCGUGGAAGUUGACCCAGUGAGGGCAUUCAUAGAUAUGCUGGACGAGAUGGCGCAGGGCGGAGACGUUGAAUCCUGGAGCGAUCGCGCUGCCUAUUCGCUGGCGUGCCACGCUGCCAUACGUGCAGGCAAAGUCCUGACCCACGGGGAGAUGACCGCCCUGACGCGGCAACUGGAGCAGUGCCAGCAGCCACACACCUGCCCGCACGGACGCCCCACGAUAAUCCACCUGAGCGGAAGCCUCCUUGAGCGUGAGUUUGGCAGGCGCUAA